AUGGCUUCACAUGUGGACACUUUUUCUUCUACUCUUAUCUUACCCCGGGAUAGUCCAACAGUUCGACUACCUUUACUUUUCUACUGUAAACUGGACCGGCUCGCGAACAAGGGUAUUCGUGUCUACAGCACAAACAAGACUUGGCUAGAAUCUGUGUUCCCGCCUUCAUUACAGUCUAGUUUGUGUGCAACAAUUGUGGACACUCGGAAGGAAUCUGACAUCGAAUUUGCUGUGGCGGACGGACGAGUUCGCAUAUAUCAAUUCAAUGAAAUGGUUUCCAACCACAUUGGCUCUCUCAUGCGAAAAGACGCCGACUGUGAUGACGUUACAACCAUUCGGGCAAUCGUGAAAGCGUCACUUCACUUCUACCACAACCUUUGCCGGAAGCCACCGUGCCAGUUUGAGGGCGUGCAUAUGGAGCUCUACAAACUCUCAGCCACGAUGACCGAAGAAUUUGACCAAGUGUUCAAAACGGAUGGGGAGAACAUCCUAACUGAAGAGCCAGUCACCAUGGUUGUUGACGAAGACGUUCCGAUGGGAGUCACAAUAUACAACAACAGCGAUCGUGAUCUAUACCCAUAUCUUUUUUACUUUGAUCCAAGCGAGUUGACCAUAGGCGGAUCGUAUUUGCCUGCGAUAGGGGCAGGUAAGAAUGCACAAACGACAAAGGUCGACGCGCCGCUUCCUGCUCGAUUGGCGCUCGCGAUCGGCCACGGGGAUGGCGGUGCGACUCCUUGGUCCUUCUUGCUUCCGCCUGGCGUCAAGAAGGACCUUGGGUUCUUUAGGCUCUUCUUGUCCACGCGUCCGGCUUCUUUCGAGAGUAUACUCCAGGAGGAAUCGCCAUUCAGUGGCAUUUUGUCCCGAAGUAUGCAAUCGCAGGUGGUGCAGGAUGACUUUCUGGAAGACGAUGGGUGGUCGGUUCAAACAGUGACAAUGAUUCAAGUAUAG